AAAAAUAGGCAGUGGAAAGUCCAUCUUUUUAGGGUAGUUGCGAAACUAGACAGCAACGGAACUACUUUUUCCGCUCCCGCCCCUCCCAACGAGCGAUCAUUCUAGAAGGUGUACGUCUGUCAUGACACUAUUUGCUAAGAAUAGCUCAAACGGGGAAUUCGAGGGUUACGAAACUACCGAUGAGAAAUCCAGAGCACUCGAGGUUUCAAAGAGCAGACUAAUUCAUAUGCAAAUUUGGUAUAACAAAAGUGUUUUCGCUCAGAUUUUGUAAUUUGGACCCGUUUGGGUCUUUAUACAGGGUCAGUGGUUAUUUCAUUUUGAAAUUGGUCAGUAUAUUUCCUUUAAGAAUCGAUAUAAAAGUUUAAGCCCAUCCCAGGACCCAACCUUGCUGGUUUCAAAAUGAAUUUAACGUUUGAAUUUAGCCUUUUUUGGGGGGCGGUGUUUUCCUGCUGAGACUAACUCCGGCGACAAAUAAAAUCCCGGAACUACUUUACGGUCAUGUGUGAAAUACAAUGUAUUACAAUUUACUAAUCUUUCCUAAUAAGGUUAUGACCACCUGGUGAACUCCCAUCCCCUCGGCCGUUUCUCCUCUCGGGAAUUUCCAGAGGAGAGAACGUUUUCGCGAAAUUGCGCAAUACUGAUGUUGCAAAAUCCGUGCUCAGUAUACGUGUGGUUUCUUUAUCUACAAUCAGGCAAAAUUCUAAAGAAAAUUCUAUCUAAAAUAAAACCCCAUAGCAUUGUAUCACCAGAAGUAAACUUAUGAGAAAUAUGUAAUUAAUUUGUGAAAAGACUAGUUGUUAAAUACAGAGUUUCUCAGAUUGAUUUUUUUUUUAUACUGAGCUGUUGAUUCCCUAUAGAGUGCAGAAAUUCUUGUGGGUUUCUGUUUAACUCCCACUUGCGACGCCUUUUUGCGUUUUCGAAUUAAUUAACUCAAUAAUGAAACGAGCCAUGAAAGCAAACUAUAACGCUGCCGUAAGUACAAAGUGAAAUGGCCGUUUUGCUGGAAUAACGUCACAGCAGCACAAUUUCAGUUCUCUACUUGCCAAACAAGACGAACAGUUUUCAACAAAUCAUUUGCAUUAAUCUUCACUUCCCUUUAAAAGAUAACUUAAGGCAAGAUUAACGUAUAACCGUACAUCCAUAUUAAUAUGUAAGGAUCGCUACCAAGGGUUUUCAAAACGCAGUCGAACACGGACCGUGCGGAUUUCCAAAAAAAGGUGAACGUCUUUUAUUAUCUUUCCUCUUUUCUUAAAAUCGAAAAGUAGCCCCUCAAAACUAUUUUUUUUUUAAUUUAGGGGUAAAAUCUUCAGAGUACUUUUUUCCAAAGAUAAAAAUCCAAAGUACCUCUUUUUAAAAUUUAUUUAUUUAUUUAAUUGCUUUAUGUGCGAAACUACUCGUGUCUAACGUACAGGGCCUGGUACAAAGUGCUCUGUUGCUCCUUCGUGGUCAGUUAAAGAGCGCCCUCUUUCGACCUGUUCAGUUCAGUUGUGAAGCGUGAAGUUUUACACCCGGCACGCGUGCACGAAAUGGGGCAUAGGGUAACCCCCCCCUCCCAGCAAGUCCAACCCUAUCAAAGAUAUUAGUUCCUAUACACACUCUAGCCUAUUGUUACUUAAUCAUCCCCCCUAGAUGUCAGAAAAGAAUUCCUGAGAUACCAGUAUAACAAUGACACAAGGCGCGGCGGGGGUGCUCUGUGUUCCAUAGUUUGCAUUAAAUGUGAACUUUUGCCAGACCUAUAUCGCUGAUGAUCCAGAAAGUACAGAUCCAUGGAUGAACAAGAAGUGGACAUAAAAUGGGCUCUCUUGUGAGAAUUCUGAUUAUGCGCCACAUACAUGUACAUGUAGGCUGCAAUACGAGACUGUUUCCACAAUUAUCUGGGAGUCUGUAGCUGGAGAGGUACCAAGCGCUUGACUACAGAGGGCGCUAGGUCGUUUACUCGGGAGUUUGGUGAGAACAAAAGCGGUUUAAGCCACCGCCCGGACUGGCUGACAUGGCUAAACUGCAUGAAGGAGCACAACCUUUGGCAUGGCUUCUUGGCCAGUGGGAGUCCAUUGAAGCCAAAGGAAUGUUUCCAACAUCUUCCUCCUUCAACUAUACAGAAACCCUCAACAUCACCCACCUAGGACAGCCAGUACUGAAUUUCUACUCAGAAACUUGGAUGGAAGGUGUCCCAAAGCACAUCGAGAGUGGUUUUUUAAGGAUGAACCCAGGCACAACAAGGGUAGCCUACAUGUGUGCCCAGAAUGCUGGCAUUGUGGAGAUUGAAGAAGGAGAGCUUGAUGGAACUUCUGUUGAGUUAACCGAGCCUUCGCUGCUGAGAAUGACUUUUGCCAAGGAAGAAGGCGCAACAGGUCUCAAAAGGACAUUCCGUCUGAAGUCAGACGGCCACUUGGAGCAGAUCGUCUUCAUGACCACUCCAAAGACGCCAUUUUCCAAGCAUUUGCAUGUCACGUACAAGAAGAAGGAUACCUAAGGUGGCCUUGAGGGAAGGAACGACUUGGUAACUGGCCGCAAUGCUGAAAUUGAAUGGAGGAUGCAUGGAAUUUGUCCAUUAUUCAUGUCUUGGAUCUCAAUAUACAUGUACACUGGUACCCAUCUUGUCAUGAAUGAUGAGACGCACAGUUACAUGUGAGAACCAGUAAUCUGCCAAAGUGUGUGGUGCCCUCAAUCAGCAUGCUCGAGCCCAAUAAAUAUAUGCACAAGUUACUUGCCUCAAAAGUUCUUUGCUUUCAAUCUCAAAAAUGCACAAAUUAUGUACAGCUGACGUACAGUGAAAGUAUGAGAGUGUAAGAAGUCUAAGAAGCCAGGUAUACAUGAUAAAAACUUUUGUAUUCACAACUCAGACAAUAAAAGAAAUUUUAUUCUGUCCUGUCCUUUGUUGUAUUCCUGCUGACUUGUGCAUUGGAAAACUAAUCUGGCAUCUUUUUCCACAUGAGAGGGGCACUACAGCAAUCUUCAGGGACUCUGACCAGCAUGGACCAAUUGUGGCUUCUAUUUCCAAUAGGAUCCUGAAUAAAAACUUAUUUUAGUUGAUUUCUCUUUUUCAGUCGAAGGAAAAACAAUUUUAUCCGAAGAAAGUGGGUACCACAUAAUAAAUUAUUUGCUGUAGUUCUAGGUAGAAGUCAAUGUCUCAAGUCUGUAAAACCGCUCUUCUUCAAGAAUCUAGUUGGUGUGAGCGUGUGUUUGUGUAGAAGUCUGUUUUGUGUCAAACUGUUGUUCUGUAACCAGAAAUACAAUUAUAACCUUAUGAAUUUGGAAUUUAACAAUAUACCCAGGCACUGCAUGUAAACAGAUUGAUAGCAACAUAAUGCAUUGGCUCUCUGAUCAGGUUGCCAUUAUGCCCCUUUUACUCAUCAAAAAGUGGAGAAAAAUAUUGCAUUUGAGUAGAGAACUGAAAUAACAUUAUUUGACACUUCUUGAUUUGUGGCAUUAAAAUGGUAUUCCAAAGUAGCAGAAUGAUUAUAUGUUGGAAAAUUUCUGAAGUUCAAGUAACUCUGAAAAGACGUGUUUUGCAUGAAAAAAUGUUUUGAACAAGUAUUUUAUGGGCGAUAUAAACUAUAAUUCAUGUACAUGUA